AGCUCCUCAUUUGCGCUGUUGCGAGAGAGAUUUUCCGAGCUUCAGUGCGCGGAUUGUUUCGGGGCCGGGGAGUUUCGGGGAGUUCCCAGGGCUUCGCUCUGUGCGGGGAGGGAAAUUGACAAAAGGGGGACAGAAUGCGGUCACAAGCGCGGUACUGGGACGAUGGCGAGGAGGCCGAGGAAGAACUCUCUGGAUCGGGAUCGGGAUCGGAGGAGGACGACGACGACGACGAAGAGGAUCCCAAUGGCACCAAUGAUGCGAGCACCGUUGUUGGCUCUGUCGGCGCGUGGCCGCAGAGUUACAAACAAUCCAUGGAUAUGUACAGCAGCUUGCAAUCCCCGAGGAUCAGCUUGUUCAGUCCAAGUCUACACCGUCGUUUUAGUUCCUCCUUCUUGGGCUCGUCGUACCAAAGACUGCCAUCAGAUCGUUCGACCACUGGUACACAGCCUUUGGGGAUUCCGUUUCUGCAGGACAAGGACAGACAGGACGAACAUGGGCUGCCCUACUCCGACCUUGCCUGGAGGCUGGAGAAUCAAAGCGUGAAGACGGAAUCUGUCUACGAACUUUCCGAAUAUCACGGAAUCAAACCCCAGGGAAGCAGUUUGUUGCAAGGGCUUUUCAAUGGAAUGAACGUGCUGGCUGGCGUGGGGAUUUUGACGACUCCUUUUGCUUUGAAGGAAGCGGGCUGGAUUGGUAUGUUAUACCUGAUUUUAUUAUCAAUUAUAUGUUUCUUCACUGGAAUUCUCCUGCGGCGAUGCUUGGAAAGUGGACCUGGCCUAGCCACGUACCCAGAUAUUGGACAAGCAGCGUUUGGGUACACUGGACGUAUCAUAAUAUCUAUCAUUCUUUAUACUGAGCUCUACGCAUGCUGUGUGGAGUUUUUAAUUUUGGAAGGAGACAACCUGUCAUCACUCUUUCCGGGGGCACAUCUCUCCAUUGCGGGUCUUCAUCUUGAAGGAAAAUCCAUGUUUUCUCUUCUGACAGCAAUAUUCGUGCUACCUACAGUAUGGUUACGGGAUCUGAGUUACUUGGCAUACGUUUCAGCUGGAGGCGUGGUAGCAUCAUUUGUAGUAGGAAUUUCCGUUUUCUGGGUGGGAGCGGUGGAUGGCGUGGGCUUUCAUGAAACUGGACCACUUUUCAAGUUGUCCAGUCUUCCUGUAUCUAUUGGUCUCUAUGGCUUUUGUUAUUCCGGACAUGCCGUCUUUCCCAACAUCUAUUCCUCAUUGCGGAAUCGGAAUGCCUACAACAAAGUACUAGGUAUAAGUUUCAUACUAUGCACGCUUCUCUAUUCUGGAAUGGCAGUCAUGGGGUUCACAAUGUUUGGAGAAGAUACCGCAUCUCAGAUAACUCUUAAUUUACCCAAACAGUUUCUGGCUUCGAAUAUCGCAGUUUGGACCACGGUGGUGAAUCCGUUCACAAAAUUUGCAUUAUCGAUGACACCAGUGGCACUAAGCUUGGAGGAACUACUACCACAUAACCCUGACUCUAUGAAGCAUCGGUCCUCGUCAAUCCUUAUACGCACAGCACUUGUGAUUUCCACCAUAGGUGUUGCGCUUUUGGUGCCGUUUUUUGGUUUUGUGAUGGCUUUUAUAGGCUCCUUCCUAAGUAUGAAUGUGUCAUUGAUUUUGCCUUGUGCAUGCUAUCUUGCCAUCUUCGGCAAAAAACUGCCAGCGUACCAAGUGAUUUUGUGUGCUAUGGUGAUUCUUGUUGGGUUCAUUUGCCUGGUCUUGGGAUCUUAUUCCUCACUCUCUAGCAUCGUUGCGAGCUAUUCCCGCCCCAAUAAACUGAAUCUGCUUUGAGUACAUUCCAGAGGGCAAGAAUUUUUUUCUAUGAGGCCUUCGAGUAUUUACAAGGUAGUCGCCAAUUUUUAAAUCAUGUUCAUACACAUGUGGAGGCUAUAUCUUUCAUUCUGAAUCAUCUAUGUACAACCCAGUAUCAUUUUAGUGAUAUUGUGAAUAUGGAGGAUCUCUAAAAAAUUCCAGACCGCUUACUUUUCCAAUUCA